AUGUGUAGUUUUCAUUUUUCUACCUCAGGCUUGUUUGCAGCAGCCCAUGACAUGAAGAUAGAGUGGCUUGUCAUUAAAGGAGUUUGUGGUUUUGUACAUGCUGUUGCAUCUACAAACGAUACAUGGAAGACUUUUGCAUGUGUCAUGGCAGCUUCUGUUGUAUCUAACAUGUUGAGUAGCUCUUUUGUGUUUGGAGACUGGCCUCAUUACGGAGGUGCGUUUACAUUUUUGGAACAGCUUUGGUUGUGUCUUCCAAGAGAUCUUGUAACUUGUCUGUUUUCCUCGACAUAGAAUAUUGUUAUCUGCAGAUGAGAGCAUGGAGACCAACAGUGGAAUUCAAUAUAUAUCAAAAAACUGAUAAACAUGCGCAUUUUUUUUCAAUGGCAUUGCUAUGAAAAAAAACUGAGAUAUGUACAAAUUCAUUUCAGUAGUUCCAAUUCCAGUUUUGAAGUCAUAGAUAACGUUCUAAAGUUACUGAUUAGAGGGGUAAAUAAGAAUUCACUUUCUGCGUCUUCAUUGUAUUUCAUUAGUCCUAAAUAAAUCUUUUAUAUUUCAUAUUAGAUUGUAGGUAUUACAAAUCGUUGAUUAAACACGUUUAUCAACUACCCCCUCCCACUGCCCUCCUAAUUAUUGUUUUCGUGUCCAGACUCUUGUGCACAGUAAAAUGAACCCAAAUUUUCUUUUUUUACCUUUCUACGAAAUACCUUACUGUUGCUGACCGGUUUAAAACAUUGUUGAGAUCUAAAUCUUAGCUUUUAUUCCGUUUCAAUUAAUUUCAAUUCUCCAAGUCCAUCAAUUUCUCUUCUCUCUUUUAUUCCGUGAUCAGGCUCACACGAGAUUUUCAUCUUAUUCAAUCAGCACUUAUUUCGACUCCUGCUUGUUACCCAUCUCACAGAUUAACUUAAGUGUGUUUUAAUUCUUAUAACAGUUUGACUUUCCUUUCCCUUUUGCAGACAUUUCAACAAGAGAGGAGAGUUUUAAAAGUGAUGACCCUUCACAAAAUAAACGUAGAAGGCAAGCAGGUAUUAUAAUUAUCAAGUGAAUAAAUUUCACAUUAAGCUUUCGUUUUCAUAACUUAUAUUAUACUUAUAGUAGUAGAGUGUCCGAGCGCAGAAUCCGAAGGUGUUAUGUUCCAUUCCUGGUGAGGACUCAAAAUUUUUCCUUUGUCCCACGCUCCUGACAAGACAGCAAAACUUUUUUCUUUUUUCUUUUUUUAUACCAAUUUGUCAUUCUAGUUCAAGAAACAGUACUGCGCAAAAUUUUAUGAAAUGAAAAUUCCUGAAGUUUUUCGUUCUCUCUUUGGCCGUUACAUUUCCCAACAUAAUUGAUCCAUGAUGAAAUAAAUGCUGGAAAUUUAAUCUUUCCUGCGAUUUAAGAAGAGUUACCGACUAAGAGAAAAUUACAGAACAGAGUGUGGGUUUUUGCAGGGGGGGCAGGGCGCGGUGGCAGGGGUAAAUCAUCUUCUUCCCUUGAAUAAAAAGUAAUUUCUGUUUUUCUUUUAAUAUUUCUUAGAACCGUUUAAUGUUGAAAAGUGUCAAGAGCAGCUUAAGUCUCAUUAUGAAACCUUCAGGAAGGUGAAAAUCGUUCCAUGGGACGAGAGUUCUUCCAUUCAGAUCGAGAAGAUCUACACACCUUUGUCUUGGGUCAAAGAUGACAGGAAACCCAGCGGAAUGACUCAAGAUAAACUUGAAGACUACACCGACAUGUUCAAGGAAGAUGAAUAUGAUCGCAAACCAACACGAAUGCUUGUUUAUGGUCGGCCAGGAAUUGGCAAGAGUACGUUUUGUAAGAAGGCUGCAUAUGACUGGUCGAAAGCCUUAAAAGAAGUUCUUAUGAACUUUUACAUUUUCCUUCUGAUCAAGUUGCGAGAUGUGUGUGAUUUGGAAGACAUCCGUAAUGUUUUACUUGCGUCUAAAUUGCUGGCCAGUGAUGGUCCGAUCUCAGUCGAUAGUCUCAAUGAUUACAUAAUCAACAAUCAAGAUAAAGUGCUUCUUAUUUUGGAUGGCUACGAUGAGUACAGCUGUGCAAAAGCACCCUCACCUAUUCUAGAAAUUUGGAGGGGCGAGCAAUUAAGAGAUUGUCACGUUAUUGUCACCACACGAAAACUUAAAUGUGACGAGUUAAUAGGCCCCAGCCACGUUCAGUUGGAAAUUCAGGGUUUUAAAAGCUGGAGUCAAAUCGUAACCUUUGCGAGAAAGUUUUUGGCUGGUGAACAAGAUCUUGACGAAUUUAUGUCCUACCUGAAAGAAAAAGAUCUCCUUGGCAUGGCAGAAAUACCUCUCCUCCUACUGAUGCUGUGUAUUUUGUGGAAAGAGAAACAUCACGAAGGACUGCCAAAAUCACGGGCCGACAUAUUCACACAAUUCAUUCAAACCAUGUUAGAUCACAAAGGUGAAAGUCAACAGCCUAUACCAUUUGUGGAAGUGACCUCCACGGAAGCCAGAGAAGACCUGAGCAAUCUUGGAAAGGCUGCCUUCGAAGCACUGCUACAAGACCGUCUUUACGUACGCUGUAGCGAACUCUUCGGCAAUAUAUCAAGAAGUUUUCAAAAAUUAAUUAAAGUUGGGCUUUUCCAGAUUGUCAAUGUCACGAGUCUCAAUCCAGAGAAAGGGGCCUAUUUCAUUCAUAAAUCCGUGCAGGAGUUCCUUGCAGCCUGGCACAUUAAGGAGGAAGUGUUGUCUGUUAAAAGAGAUAGUACGCCUAGCCUUUCCAAAGUUGAAUCAUUUGAACAGAUCGUGAAGAUGAAUGAAGUUCUCACAUUUGCCUGUGAGCUGUCAACAGAAGCCGCGUGUGCAGUUUUCCGUCAUGUAGGGUCUGUUGGAAGAAAGGAAUCUUUGUCGGAAUGUAAUUUCGUUGAGCUGAUUCAGCAGCUUGAAAAACCGUUGUCUCAAAACCAAAAACUUUAUCUAGAGCUUAUAUCGCAUAGCUACAUUUGUUGUUCAGCCGAGAAGAGACAAGAUCUCAGCUCAGCGUUUCCCUCUUACACUGGAGGUGUUUUGUUUCUUGAUUCUAACCAGCUGAACAUUACUGCAAAUGGACAUUUGCUGAAAUCUGCCGUUAUACCCGACUUUAUCUUUUUUCCUCGCUACGUAGUGGAUUCAGAGAAAAGCUAUCGAAACUUGAUCACUGUAGCGGAGGACACAAAUGCUGUUAUUUUGAGCUGUUCGGGUGAAAAGAAAGCCGCAGAUUUUCUACAGAAGUUCCCGCGUCGUCCUUUGAAAGAGUUCUUCUUGAAGAGAGAAAGAAAAAUUAUCAUUUACAUUCUUCAAAUACGGAAAGAAGGUAUUGAUGACACUUCUUUAACUGAAAUACUGCGAGAGCCUAUUUCAUCAACAGCAGAGUCUACUCAGGUGAAGCGUGUCGGUGAUUCGUCGAAUGAACACAACAACGAAACAGCUUCGUGUUUGACUAAGAACACUGAUAGCAUCACUGGUCCCACUCCAAACAGCCUUUCCUGUGUGAGGAACAUUUUUACUUACGACAUAGAAAGGCAAGAGAUGAAGAUGUUGGCUGACUGUUUAUCACUUUGCACUUCUGUGCGAUGGAUAUAUAUUGUUGGUAAACCCUUUGAAAGCAUCGAUGCUCGGUUGACAGAGACCCUGGUGUCUCACAUCAUCUUUACUGACAGACUUGUGAGAUUAUUACUAGAGGAUAUCAAUUUAACAGCCAAACCUGCCGCAGCCAUCGCCAGAUCUCUGCGCGAGGCUCCUAGCCUGCGCUGGCUCAACUUGGCACGUAAUCCUCUUGGUGAAGGAGUAAGUGUUCUCACUCGACAUCUCAACUGUGUUCCUUACCUGGAGGAGUUGUGGCUUUUUGAUGUUAAAAUGACAAAGCAAGAAGUGAAUGAUUUGAGUGGAGCUGUACGUCAGAGUAACAUCUCCUCCUUGGGGACACACUACCACGUAAGUUUUGUGAUCUUAGUUUGCAUUUGCAGUCGUUAUUCAUGGAGAUUCUGUUCAAUUUCCUGUGGUGUUGUUUUAAGAAUUUUUACGCCCUUGAUUCGCGGAGCAAGUGCGAUGUAGCUAUCGCUAAGCCACAAGAGGCACUUGCACAUUUCCAAAAAACACGUGUGCGGGCUACAGUCAAAGUUGAACUAAAAUGGAGCAUCUUCUUUAGAUUCCUUAAGAUUAGCCCAGUCCAUUACCCUCUGGACAAAGGGUAAUUCGCAACUCAAUUUCGUUCCGUUUUAAUCAUGCUUUCAUAACAUUCUUUUGUAUUUUGUCACAACAACACAGCAAACGGUUCGUUUUCUUGUCGAAUUUUUGCCACGUAUUGCUUUGUAGUUUUACGGUUCUUGUUUAAAUCCUGCUGAGGAAAUUGAAGAAGUUGUCAGCUGUGUAUUCGUGAAUUGUUUGGAUUGAAUUUGGAACUAUUCAUCGUCGAAGGGUCACCGGUAACAUGCGAUAUCUCGAUUGCUUCUAUAGAACAAGAAUAAAGUUUGUUUCAUGAAGAGUCACGACCAGUCAGUUCAAAUCAGUUUUAUAAACGAAUUUGAACUGCUUUGAAUUUUUUUUAUGCGACUUUUGUAAAUACCGCGGAGUGCACUGUUACACUUUCAUUUCGCUGUUUACAUCGCUGUCGCUUUGUUGUUUGCAUUUAUUUCGUGCUGUGUUUAUGGAAGAACCCGCGACUCUAGUGCACCUUGCAUUAGUUUCUCGGUGUUUUAAAAUCACUUUGUCGGUUAGCCCGCUAAGUAAUAAGAAUGUAGAACUGAUAAGACUGUUUACGAUGAAAAAUAAGACAUUUUUCAGUUUGCUUCUUUGGCGGUAUGCACCCUACUGUUUCCAUCUUGUUACACUUAGGUAUACCUUGUAUUCUCUGCAUGGGCUUGUCAGGUACAUGUACCUGUAGGACUGUAUGAAAGGUAGUCACUGAAUGAAUGAGUUUUUGUUCAUCAUAUGAUGUAAUGUAUAUUUCUUGAACACUUCAGUUUACUAGUCUCUAACAAAGUAAUCGGUAUGGGCCCCACCAUGGAUAUAAUUGGAUGAUAUCUAAAUUUUGGUGCGCCUUGUGAUGUAAGGCUACAAGGAACGUUCCUCAAUAUAAAAGUUGUUUUAAAAUGACUCACUCAAAAAUUCUCUUGGCCUAAUUUCUCUUCUUAUAAAAAGUAACCAGGGUAAAUAAGUGUGAGUUCAGGUGUACGUUGUUUAAUAAGAUGAUGUUGAGUGUUGGUUUGUGAUUUAUUACAGGAUCGCAAAGGGAAUGUCAAGCCUGAAGAAGAAUGGCCAACAGAUGAAUACUGGAGAAAACGUUGGAGCUUCUUCCAUGGAUCAGAGCAAGAACCAGAUCCU